GAUGACCAUCCGUGGAUUGUCAAUCAUACUUGGGAAGCAUCCCACAAAUUUCAAGCUGAUAUUCCUGAGCAAUACAGCAGUCAUUAUCGAUGCGCUAGAUUUCAUGGGCCACGUUCAUGAAGGCAUUUCUAACACCUACGGAGGUGAAAAUCUGGCCAUGCACUUGAAAUUGAAACAUAUACUCUCCGUUUUCCGUGAAUGUGGCAUUGUCCCCUACUUUGUCUUCGCCGGUGGAAAAGAACUCAGGAGUGAGCAAGUGAAGGGCAGAUGUUUGAAGACUUUGAAUGCAAUCCGAAACCCUAAAUACCCUCCGUACUCAACUCCACCGUUUCAGUACACUGAAUUGGCCGUUGGCGCGAGGGCAACCAUUGUGGAAUCGUUACGCAAGCUACAUGCCCAAUUUACCUUCGUGCCCCACUCCUCCUUACGGUGCACAGCGAGUUUAGCCAUUCGCUUGAACUGUCCCCUCCUCGCUAGCUCGUCAGAUUACUUCGCGCUUGUCUCCGCCGCCGAACUUCGCGACGUGACCGACGCUCAAUCUUUUCGUUUUCUGCCUCUUCGUUACUUCAGUUUUCAACCGAUUUCGCAACAAGCCUGCAUGCUUCCAGCUCAUGAAUUUAUGCCGCUUAAUUCGGAACUAGCUGCAGUCCAUCCCAAGCAUCGUCCGCUGCUCGCUCUGCUUCUGGGGACUGAUACCAUGCUAAAAUCCAGACUGCCACCAGAAGUGCAUGCAGCGUGCAAAUCCAAUGAAGGCUUACAUCCGAAAGAACGCCGUUUCUCUGUAUUAGUACAGUGGUUAUCACAGCACAGAACCAACAUUGAAGCUCCCGUCGAGCAGGUGAUCGACGCAUACCCCGAACCGGAUCGUCCCAAUUUCAUUCAUCAGUUAACUGACUGUUUAGCAUAUUACAUUUACCAUCCACUGAUGGAUAGCAAAGGAUUGACAAGGCAGCUGCAAAUCCCCAAUUUGUCCCCAUCUGAAAGCUCCGAGGACCUGACUGCUGCGCUCAAAAUAACCUCCUUCUAUGAUGCUCAACGCAGUCAGGCGCCGUUUGUUAAAGAGGAUAUAUUCAAGCUUUUGCGUGGCUUACGCGACAACAGAGCGUAUCCUAGUGAUUUCACUGUCGGAUGGCCUGAUCGGCUGGUUAAUGCGUAUCGAGGUGGGAAAAUUGUAUCGUCGUUCAUGCGAGCUUUGUACAGUUCCGGUUUCUGUAUGACAGGGAAACCUAACGACAUGUCUACGGUUGUCUGUUUGCCACUCCGCGUCAUGCACUAUCGAAUCAUGCUUGGUUUGGAACGUCAGUUGGGUGGUUGUAUCAAAUUGGUUGGGCUUAGUCCGCA